GUACCGCAAUUAGACAAAAAUGUAACACUGAACACUGGUGCGCUUGGACUUAUCAAUUCAUUCCCCGCGGAUCAACAAGAUCAAGUACUCGCUGCCUACAACAGAGUUCUUGUGGAUGACUUUUAUACAUCGUUAGGUCUUUCUUGUCUGGCUGUGGUCAGCACGCUUGGUGUUGAGUGCAGGCUUAUUAAA